AUGUUGCGAUGCGAGUACAACCCGCUGUUCUACCGGGUGCUGUGCGCGACACUACUUUUGACCGCGUUCACAUUUACUGUGAUCUUGACAAACGUUUUUAUCGAUAUCGAUUGGAUUUUAUCGAAUAAAAAUACACAGAAUUCCCAAAUUAAUCAUUCAAAGGCAGCUUUAAAAUAUGAUUUCGAAGGAUCAGAAGCAGAAGGACUUAACGAUGAUAAAAGUUACGAAAGUGAAAACGAUCCGUUUUACAGAGCCAGAAGAUCCAUCAGUAAUUUAGAGAACAGAGGCGACAAGGCUCAAGAUGAAGCUGAUAAUAUUCAGCUACACGUAAAAGACCCAGGUCUUAAAAAGAUUCUGACGAGCCGACUAGCAAGUCUUCUUAAAGAACUAGACGAAGAAGAAUCUACGACUGAAGAUAUCAAAACUGAAAUAACUACAGCUCCUGUUAAAGCUUUUGAAAAAUUACAAGAAAGAAACAACAAGAGAGACGGUCUCAGGAAUACGGACUUAUUUCAUCUCGCAAUGCAUAAUAUUCUCCUGCAAGGAAUGCUAGGACACAUGGAUCUAAAUGAUGCUUAUAAUAAAGUUCAUCAACUUGUUAAUAAUUUUAACGAUUCAGAUAAAAAUAAAGAUAUAAAUUCAAGAACAUUAAACGCAAUAACAAAUUCAAAAGAACAGUAUCCAUAUAACGAAGAACGUAAAUUGUUUGAAGAAUUAAUUAAAUGUAAGAAACUUGAAACUGAGAUAGCUCGGAAUAAGCUAUUUGACACCAGAAAUACAAAAGGCGUAGGUAACGAGAAAGAUAAUAAAAUUAUCAUUAAAGCUGUGAUCGAAAUUAUCGAAGACAAUGAGAAACUAAAUAAAAUUAAUUUAACAAAUUCAACCGAAAAUGUAGAAGGUAUGAUAAGUUUGAUAUACAAUGGAAAAGCUAUAAAAGUAAAUCAAUUUGAAAACAUUAAGUACAAUAACACUGAAAAGAAGAAGAUAAAUCAAGAAGUUGAAAUAAUAACGUCUGUUAACGAAAAUAAAAAUACUAAAGAAUCAGAAACAAUGAAAUCAAAACCGAUAAAUAAUCGUAAACAAAAUCAAAACCUAUUAAAUAAAUUAAUAGAUGAAUAUUUUAAAACAGGCUCACCUGGUACUGAUUAUUUAGAUAGAGAAAUAAAUAAUUUUAAAUCGAAACGCCUGAAAAGACAAAUCAAGAUACGUUACGAGGAUGAUCAAACGAGCAUCAGUCCCAAGACCUUUCGAGACAGCAGUAAAAAAGAUGAUGACAACGUUUACAUAGAAAUCGAAAGUCAUUUCAGUGGAAAGGGCAUUAAGGGAGAGAAGAAGAAGCUCAUCAGAAGUCUUAUUGAUAAAAUACAAAAAGCUAUACGCUCUGAUGCUCACGAAAUAGACGAUACCAUCAAACAUAUACAAUUUGUUAAAAGAACCCAAGAUCCCAUUGAUGGUAAUAGGCAUACUCUAAUUAAUAAAAUAUCACCACCACACGACCAUAUUGAACCGAGACAACUCGAUCCAAUAGAUAAAACACUGAGCAAUCACGAAAAUCUAGUAAAAGAUGUUUCAUGGACGAAUCAAAUCGAGAGUCCGAAAUUCUUAUCAGUUUCGAAAUCAGUUAAUUCUGCGGAAAUGAGAGAACUUAAUAUUGACUACGACAAUGUUCUAAGAAAUGGUAUACCAAAACGAUUUCAAAAGCCUAUAAAUAUGAAUACAGAAGAGGAUCAGACUGUUACUCCAUAUAUUGACAAUGAUCGUGGUAAUGUAACGUUACUUUUAAAGGAUAUAGAUGGCACUGGCUUCUCGAUUGGUAUUAAUCAAUAUGUUGGUGAACCACCGGACAUUAACAGUAUGAAAAUGUUUACCGGCCUCGAAAAUCUCAUUAGAGAAUAUCACCAAAGUUACGACCAAGAUGUUAGUAACGAGUCCGAAAUUGAUAAAGCCGAGAACUUUGUUCAAAUGAAAAAUAAAUAUACUAAAAAAAGUGUUCACAAUAUCCUAAAACGGUCAUUAAAAGGUAUCGGUAAUGUUUAUAAAUUCAAGUUAUUUUACAAAAACGACACAUCUCUCGAUAAAUAUUUAAAACCAUUCAAGUAUAACUAUGACAACAGAAUAUAUAAACUACAAAAAUAUUUAAACAAAAUAAAUACAGAUAAAUCAAAUAAUAAGACUAUUUACAAAUUCUUUAAUAAAUUCAAGCUCAGUGGAAUGCCCAAUAUAGACAAAACUAAACUGAAUAAAAAGUUAAAGUCUCCAGAAAUAUUAACAUCAGAUAGUUUUAUAAGUCGAAAGAAAAGAUCAUUGACCGUAAAGAAAAUUUCAAACGUUAAUUCAAAAAUAAAACUCAACAAAUACAUAAAUACACAUGCCAGGUCUUAUAAACGAAUACUUCUUAAUAACAAAAGAAAUAAACGUCAAAUCAAUAAAAUAAGAAUAAUCGCACGAGAAUCACAGAAUCCUGAAAGAAAAUCUGAAGAAAAUAUAUUUAUGAUUUCCGGAGAAAAUCCGGAUGCUGAUAAAACGUCUUUUAUUAAAGAAUUCGAAACACCGGACACUAUUAUAAAUGCUAGAAAUCAUUACGAUGAUAUAUAUCCGAUGGGUGAUUUCUACAGAAUACAGUACAAUACGCAGCCAAUGUACUCAAAAUUUUACGACCAAAAAAGGAAUUCCAAUCAACUAAAGUCUAAAUACCCACAUAUAUUUAUAAAUGAUGAAAUAGCGUCGAAAGAGGAAGAUAUCAACUUAGACAAGAUAUACGGUAUAAACGAGCAGUCGAACAGAAUACAGCCAGAACAAAAUAAUUUAGAACAAGAAACUAUAAAAAUAGAUACACAGACUUUACCUUCAGAGAAUUAUAUACCAAAGGUCGAAGAAAUUAUUAAUGCUAUAAUGCCGUCAGCUUCCAGACCAAAUUAUAAAUUGACUGUAAAGAUAACACCUAAAAAAACUUUCAAUAUGAGCACUGGCUUCAAGGAAGUGCACACGAGUGUUAACAAGAGCUUCGACGAAAAUGGUUUACGAUACUUUUCACUGUUUAAUCUCUCACGAAUAUCUAAAAUAGAAGAAUUAAAUAAGACAAACGUUUUAAAAAAAGAUAAAACAAUUGCUAAGCCUUUAAAUACGCAAGUGAACGAACAACAGAUGCAAAUAAAGACUCUACUUCAAUUACAUAAAAAGAGAGUUGAUCAACAAUUAGGUAACUUACUUAGAGAAAGUAAGCAUCUAGAAAGAAUGAUUGAAGCAAACAGUAAUAAUAAUAUAAAUAAAACAAUAAAUAUGCUACACGACGAUAUAGUUGCCACUGACGUUACAACUGAUGACAAAAUGAAUAAAAUAUUAGAAUCUAUAAAAAAAAUCCAAGAAAGCUACAAUUUAAUCAAGAACGAUAUCAAAACGCAAGCCAAUUUAGCUACAGAGAAGCCAAAAACAGCUUCAGAUACACCUGUAAUUAUACAUACCGUGAAAUCUAACGACAAAAUCACAAGCGAAAUAUUAAAGAAAAUCGAUACGAAUACUAAUAUAUUAAAAUCGUUUCUAGAAAGAUUUUUAGAUAAUCAUAAAUCUAAGAAUAAGGCAACGAAUGAAACUGAAAGAGCAACGAACAAUCCGGCUGAAAUUAAAUUAAAUUUAUCAAAAGAUUUGAAGAGGUUUAACAAGAAUGCUUUUUAUGUUCAAGAAGAAAACAAAAACGCAACGAUACCGUUUAUUUACGCAUAUCAACAGAAUAAAGGACCUCCAGCUAGCUUAGUAUAUCAAGGACACAUACAUACAAAUACCAUACCGAAUUAUCGUAAAGAUUAUAAGCCUGUAAGCAAAAUUCAACCUAAUGACUUGGAUAAUUCAGACAUUAAUAAGCAAAAUUUUAAUGAAUCGAAAUUCUUUAUGGAUGAAAUUGAAAAUGACUUUAAGGUGGCGAAUAAGCCCUUUUUUGAUACAAACAUAAAUAUGAACAUUACAAAGGAUUAAUUGUUAGUUUUUUGUAUCGUUUCAUGAAAUCUUCAAUGUAUUGACAAUAUUAUUGAAAAUAAAUUGUUUUGGUUUGUAAUAAA